CACAUUCCCAUGUCUACAAUUCAUUACAUCCAGCCAGACCCUACAUUCUCUUGGAUCUGUUAGGAACACUUGUACUUGGGUCUGUUAUUUCUUCACUGUCUUCUUCUUCUCUGCUCAGGAGCAGUGGGUUUAGAAGGAGCUGACAGAAGGACUGCUACCAUGGCUGAUGGAAAGGGAUUCACCUGUCUUAUGGUCAUUCUCAUCCUGGGGAAUAUAUUUGGAGCUGCAGCAGGUCUUGCCCUUUGCGCUCUGGCCAUCUGGGUUGCAGUAGAUCAAUUCAAGCUCUACCCUAUAUCUGGUGUGUCGGGGAAAGAUGACAUCUUUGCCGGGGCCUGGAUUGCCAUUUUCACAGGCUUUGCCUUCUUCUGCAUGUGCGUCUUUGGUAUCUUGGCUGCUGCGAUGAAGAGCCGUGCCUUAAUGCUAACAUAUCUGAUCCUGAUGUUGAUCAUCUACAUAUUUGAGUGUGCCUCGUGUAUCACUGCAGUCACCCACAGAGACUAUCUGGUUGGAAACAGUAAUCUGGUGAAGAAGCAGAUGCUGAAGUACUAUGCAGCCGACGGUGACUCUGGCAGUCAGAUCACACUGACAUGGAACAAAGUGAUGAAAGAGGUGGAGUGUUGUGGAACGGAUGGCCCAGUGGACUGGAUAGAGUACAACUCCACCUUCAGGGAGAAGUUUGGUACAGACUACCCCUGGCCCACCCACUGCUGCAAGAGGAAGAACAACUACGAUGUGGUGAAUGUGGAGGCCUGCAAGAACGGCCAGAACACCACCAUGUUCACUAAGGGCUGCUUCAACCACAUUGAGUCUGUGUUCAGUCGAUAUACAUGGGCUAUCAGCUGGUAUGGUUUCGCUGUGCUAAUGUUUAUGUUCUUGCUGUUGAUCCUGGCCAUGGUGUACUACCUGAUGCUGUGAGAAGUCUGGAGGUGAUGUCUCUAACCCAUAUUUUUGACUUUCUGCUGAAGCCACGCCAACCCUCACUUCAGCAACUACAGUGCCUUGCAAAAGUAUUCACCCCCUUGGCGUUAUUUUGUUGCAUUACAACCUGUCAUUUAAUUCAAAUUGAUUUUUAUUUGGAUUUCAUGUAAUGGACAUACACAAUAUAGUCCAAAUUGGUGAAGUGAAAUUUAAAAAAUUCCUUGUUUAAAAAAGUGUAAAAUAAUUUAAAAUGUAAAAGUGGCUCGUGAAUAUAUAUUCAAUCUCUUUGCUAUAAAACACCUAAAUAAGAUCUGGUGCAACCAAUUACCUUCAUAAGUGACAUAAUUAGUUAAAUAAAGUCCACCUAUGUGCAAUCUAAGUGUCACAUGAUUGGUCACAUGAUCUCAGUAUAUAUACACCUGUUCUGAAAGGCCCCAGAGUCUGCAACACCACUAAGUGAAACCACCAAGCAAGCGGCACUAUGAAGAUCAAGGAGCUCUCCAAACAGGUCAGGGACAAAGUUGUGGAUAAGUACAGAUGAGGGUUGGGUUCUAAAAUAAUAUCUGAAACUUAAAUCCCACGGAGCACCAUUAAAUCUAUUAUUUAAACAUUUUAAGAAUAUGGCACCACAACAAACCUGUCAAUAGAGGGCCGCCCACCAAAACUCACGGACCAGGCAAGGAGGGCAUUAAUCAGAGAGGCAACAAAGAGACCAACGAUAACCCUGAAGGAGCUGCAAGCGGAGAUUGGAGUAUAUGUCCAUAGGACCACUUUAAGCCGUGCACUCCACAGAGCUGGGCUCUACGGAAGAGUGGCCAGAAAAAAAUUAAGCAAACAGGUUUGGUGUUCGCCAAACGGCAUGUGGGAUUCUCCCCAAACAUAUGGAAGAAGGUACUCUGGUCAGAUGAGACUAAAAUUGAUUAUGUCUGGUACAAACCCAACACCUCUCAUCACCCUGAGAACACCAAAAACACCAUGUUUUCCAUCAGCAGGGACUGGGAAACUGGUCAGAAUUAAAGGAAUAAUGGAUGGCGCUAAAUAGAGGGAAAUUCUUGUUUCAGUCUUCCAGAGAGUUGAGACUGGGAUGGAGGUUCACCUUCCAGGAGGACAAUGACCCUAAGCAUACUGCUAAACCAACACUCGACUGGUUUAAGGGGAAACAUUUAAAUGUCUUGGAAUGGCCUAGUCAAAGCCCAGACCUCAAUCCGAUUGAGAAUCUGUGGUAUGACUUAAGGAUUGCUGUACACCAGCGGAACCCAUCCAAUUUGAAGGAGCUGGAGCAGUUUUGCCUUGAAGAAUGGGCAAAAAUCCCAGUGGCCAGAUGUGGCUAGCUUAUAGAGACAUACCCCAAGAGACUUGCACCUGGAAUUGCUGAAAAAGGUCUCUACAAAGUAUUGACAAAAUUGGAAAAAUGCCAAGGGGGUGAAUACUUUUGCAAGCCACUGUAUCUAAUUUCUUAAAUAACACAUGUCUGUGGGAAUGAUGACAGAAAAGUGUUUCUGAUACAUAGACAAUGAACACUGUGUAGGGAUUUUCCAUCCUUUUAGGUAAAUGGUCUCAAAUUUGUAUAUUUUAUGUAUGUUUAUUUUUUUUAUGGUUUAUUGCACUGUAAAUUCUAGAUGAACAAAUGGUGAUUGGCCUGAAAACUUCAAUGUCCUAACUGCUUUGGUAAUAGGAUAGAUAUAUAGUUCUUAUCAUUAAAUCUACAGUACCAGUCAAAAGUUUGGACACAGCUACUCAUUCAAGGGUGUUUCUUUAUUUGGACUAUUUGCUACAUUGUAGAAUAAUUGUGAAGACAUCAAAACUAUGAAAUAACACAUAUGGAGUCGUGUAGAAUCUAAAAUAUAUUUUGAUUUGUUUAACUUUUUUGGUUACUACAUUAUUCCAUGUGCUAUUUCAUAGUUUUGAUGUCUUCACUAUUAUUCUGCAAUGUAGAAAAUAGUACAAAUAAAGAAAAACCCUUGAAUGAGAAGGUGUGUCCAAACUUUUGAUUGAUACUGUAAGAGAAAAUUUAUAUAAACCUUUCAAGAACAUGAUUUACAUGGCUGUUGUGCAUUUCAGAUUUGUAUACCAUGUUCCAUUUCUUGUUGAGUUGUGUUAUAUUAUUAACAGAGAUCCUUGCUUGGGGAUUCUUGAAAUUCAGGACAAUCCUUGUCUGGGAAGGGAGACUAAUUUGUACGGCUGUUUUUCAUUUUUUCAUUAUUUAAGUUUAAAUAUUUGAGGUAAUUUUCUAAAUAUUUUCAAUAUUAUUGAUUUCCAUGUUGACUGUAUGCCAGGAAAUACCCUUGUCCAGAGCAAACUCCCUGAAAGUGUCCCCCAAAAAAUUAUGGCAAAAAUGAAAUAACUUAAAAAAUCUCAUGUAGUUUCCUGACUUACAGUAUCUGAAAUCUGUGAUUCCUAAAAAAAUGUGUCAGGAGUUUUGUUCAUCUCCAUCAGAUUUGUCUAUCUUUACUAAAUGAAUCAGAAAUGAAUGAGCAGGGUCAGCUAUACCAUGACAACCCUUUCUUUAUCUCCUGAUUGCAUGUAGUGCAACAAGACAACGCAUGGUCCUGAAAAUCCUCUACUUUUGAUAGAUUUAAACAAACAAUAUUGUUCACAAACCAUGUUCACAACAAUAACCUGUCAACUCCAUCUCCCUUAUAGGAUUUCUUUUGGUGCGCUAUGACCAUUCACAGUUGAGCUCACUUUGUUUAGCUCAAAGCUGAUUGGCUAUUUAUAUAUAUAUAUAUAUAUCUCAAGAGAGGCCAAAUGCUCGCUGGCUUCCCUUGUAUUCAAUGCUAGGGGCAGCAACAAUAUCAUAUUAUUUUUUACCAGACAGCAUCAAAUAGAUGGGCUCACAUACAGUACAGAGACAAAGGGGCUUUGUUUCACUCACUCGGAUGCGUUCGCCGGUGAGAUACAUUCAGCCUCUUGCAAAUUUAAGGAAAAUUAUGAAGCACAGAGAGAGAAAGAUACAUUAUAUAUAUUUAAAAAAUGUCCAUGUAUUGGGGAAGCCUGGCUUCUCUUGGCAUCCAUGACUACAUGCCACUGAGACCAAGCUGAAUUUAAGGGCAUAUAGCCUAUUAUUUUUCCUCAGUGCAAAAUGUGAUAAUACACAAGCAAGAGAGCAGGUGUGUCUGUUUAAUGAAAAUCUGGUAAUAUGUGGCCAAUUAAAUAUUUCUGGUUGGUCUCAGGGAAUGUAAAACAAUAGGUAGACUUACAUUUUUUAAAAUUUUAAAUCAUCAAAUAUGUUGAAAUAGCAACUAAUGAGCAUAGAGCCUGGAGAGCCUCACAAAUUUGACGAAAUUACCUUAGGCCUAUAUCUUUCAUUAUAAACUGGGUGGUUCGAGCCCUGAAUGCAGAUUGGCUGACAGACCGUAUACCACGGGUAUGACAAAACAUGUAUUUUUACUGUUAUAAUUACGUUGGUAACCAGUUUAUAAUUGCAAUAAAGGCACCUCGGGGGUUUGUGAUAUAUGGCCAAUAUAAUGACUAAGGGCUGUGUCCAGGCACCCCUGAGUUGUAUUGUGCUUAAGAAUAGCCCUUAGCCGUGGUAUAUUAGCCAUAUACCACACCUCCUAGGGCCUUAUUGCUUAAGUCUAAUACGGCUAUUUACUUACUUUUGUAGCUCUUCAUCAGUAACACUCUUUUGUAAGUAGUGAGGACUAACUGUCCUCUCCAAGUUUACCUGGAAAUCAGCCUGAAAGGAUUUGAGAAAUGUGAUUGGUUGACGAUAUGCCUAUGAUAUCAAGAAUGAUUGGAGAAGUGUUUAACAUCCUAUGAUAUAAAUUAUGAUAUACAUGAUAUAUAUUUUUUAAUAAGGGCAACAUAACUGCAAGAGAGUUUGGGAAGUCUGACUGAAAAAGGGACAAAUCAACCUUAAUAAUUUUUUCUUGGGGUGUUUAAUUAAAUUUGAUCAAAUGCGUGACAUGAUUGCGGGACGCGGUACAGAGGGCCAAAACGCGGGACUGUCCCGUACAAUCAGGGACAUGUGGUCACCCUACUUAUAGAUAGAAUAUGAGUUAUGGUUCAAAUAUGUUCAUUUUAAUUAGGUUUAAGAGUCAUACAAUAACUGAGGAAAAACUAAAUUGCUGUUAAAUAUACCACUUGAAGGUUGAAGAAAAAUCCAUAAAACAUCAACUCCAUCAGAUUUAUAUCUAAUGUCAACUCUGCCAGGUUGUUGAAAGAUUUGAUAGAACAGUUAUGUUUUUAUUGGGGAAUUUCUAAUGAAUUAUUUUCCAUUAUUUAGAAAAUGUUUGUAUUGAACUUAAAAAUGUCUGUUUUAAGUAUCUGUACUCCAUUACAGGCAUUUCAACUCUGUCACUAAUGGUAACCCCCUUAAGAUCGAUACUUUGUCAAUAUUUUGAAUAAAUAUUAAAUAUGCUUAAACUGUUGAAGUAUUUGUAGUGAUAUACCUAGCUGAUACUUUUAAUAAAUGUUUUAUGUUCUGAAUCUAUAGAAACAUGCCCAAAUGCUAACAAAAUUAGCCCUGAAGCAUUAUAUAGUGCAAUAAAUAAAUAAAAAGUUGGGAGAUUUGAAUAACGUAUUUGAAUAAUCUCACGUUAGAAUGAAACAAGCAAGGCCUUUACACACUUGUUGGACAAUACAUGUAAAAAAUAAAAUGCCUUUUAUGGUGUCUGA